UCCUCGGCGCAGCGGCCCGCCCCCCGACGGUGUGGCACGUCCUGACGCCUUUCCACGUCGCAGUCCUGUCUCAGGCGAACUCGCUGCGUAUGUAUGCGUGUCUCCAGCUAGGCCAGAGAGUGAUGGCGGCGCCCGUCCUGAGAGUGUCCACCCCUCGGUGGGAGAGAAUAGCAAGGCUUCUCGUCUGCCUGUUGGGCAUACUGCUGUCUCUAUACGCCUUUCACGUCGAGAGGGAAAAGGCUCGGGAUCCGAGUUUCAAGGCCAUGUGCGACGUCAGCAGCUCCAUCAGCUGUUCGAAAGUGUUCAGCUCAAGGUGGGGCCGAGGGUUUGGACUCCUGGGCUCAAUUUUUUGGAAAUGACAGUGCACUGAACAACCCAACAGUGUCUACGGGAUUGCCUUUUAUGCCUUUCAGCUUCUACUAGGAAUGACUGUCAGUGCAAUGGCCGCCCUUAUUCUCAUGACGACAUCCAUCUUGUCGGUGGUGGGUUCGCUCUACCUGGGCUACAUCCUCUACUUUGUCCUAAAGGACCUCUGCAUCAUCUGCAUCACCACAUACGCGCUGAACUUCAUUCUCUUUAUUCUCAACUACAAGCCUGUUUACUUGAACGAGGCCUGGAAGCAGCAGCUUCAGGCCAAGCAGGACUAA